CAGUUCUUCUAUUCAGCUCAACCACUCAAAAACUUAUAGAAACGACUGAGCACCACCUCUCGCCGCCGUCAAUAGCGGUUCUCCGAUCUAACAACAACGAAUAAGCUCAGAAAAUUACUAUCUCCGAUGGAGGUUGAAGUCAAAUUAAGAUUACUCGACGCCAUCUCCCACCAGAAGAUCUCAAACAUCCUAUCUCCAUUCCGUUCCAAAGUCCUCCUCCAAGAGAAUAUCUUCUUCGACGGUACCGCCGCAGAGCUAUCCACAAACCUCGCCGUCCUCCGCCUCCGUUUCUACGGCGGUAGCGUAGAUUCCUCCUGCAUCGUAUCCCUAAAAGCCAAGCCCACAAUUUCCGAAGGAAUCAGCCGUGUCGAAGAAGACGAAGAGCCAAUUGACCCUACAAUUGCACGCGCCUCAAUUGCUGAACCCUGGCGUUUGCUUUCUGUAGAUUCGUCGAGGAUUCUGAAAAGAGUGAAGGAUGAAUAUGGAAUCGGAGGACUUGUUUGUUUGGGAGGGUUUAAGAAUGUUAGACAAGUGUUUAUUUGGAAUGGUCUUACGAUAGAGAUCGAUGAGACGCAUUAUAAUUUUGGAACUAACUAUGAGAUUGAAUGUGAGAGCUCUGAUCCUGAAAACGCUAAGCGUUUAAUUGAACAGCUGUUGAAGAUUAAUGGGAUUCGUUAUUCCUUUUCUGAGUUCUCAAAGUUUGCCAUUUUUCGAUCUGGUAAGUUACAGUGAAAGCUUAGAUCAAUGUAAGUUCUUAAUUUCUUCAUUUUAGAUCUGAUUAUGAUAAGAUAUUUGUCAUUGUUUGAGUAUUUGGCAUAUCACAAUUGAGAAACAGAGUAUCAAGUAAAAACAACAACCAGAGUUCUCUUUAUUUAUGUUUUCAUUGCUCUUAAAUGGUUAAUCUCGUUGUGUUUUGAAUUUAUUUAGACUCGUGUUUUUAUUGCACUCGAGUUUUUAUAUUGAAUAUAAAAGACGAUUCUUCUGUGUA